UUUGCUCGAAUGUAGCUUCCGGAGGGCUUUUACGAUUGCUUUCAUCGACAGUCAACUUUCUUUUUUUUUUUACUACUUAAUGUUUACGCUGUUGGUACAGUAAUGUGCCGGGGUGCAGGAGUAUCUCCAGGUGGAUUCCUGUAGGAUAAAGAGACUCGAGGAUCAGGAAAAACCAGCAGCGAACGAUGGCGGAGGUGGAGACGCCAGAGGAGCUCCUGAUCAAGCAGCACCGGAAGGAGAAGAAGGACCUGCAGGCAAAGAUCCAAAGUAUGAAAAAUGCCGUCCCCAAAAACGACAAGAAAAGACGGAAACAGCUGACAGAAGACAUCGCAAAGCUGGAGGCGGACCUGAGUCAGAGACACGAGGAUGAACUCCAGCAACUUAAAUCUGCACCGGACAAAGAUGUGGAGGAGGCUGCAAAUGGGGUGGAGACUUUAAAAGUAGAAGCUGGAGAACAAGAGGAGGUCAAACAGCCUCGAGUUACAAAAGCACAGAAAAGAAGGGACAAGAAAGCAGCUCAGGAGAAGGAGAGGGAUAGCAGGAUCGCAGAGGCCGAAGUGCAGAAUCUCCAGGGUGUGAGGCACCAGGAGGGCGUGAAGCUGGCUCAGAAACUGGCUGAGAAAACCCUUCAAAUCAAGGAGAUUUCCUCCGACGGCCACUGCAUGUACCGCGCUGUGGAGGAUCAGCUGACGCAGAGGUCCAAGCCAGGGUUGAACGUUACUUUUAAAGAGCUGAGGUCCCGCACUGCUGAGCACAUGAGGAACAAUCCGGAGAACUUCCUGCCCUUCCUCAGCAACCCCACCACCGGGGACACGAUCACGACAGAUGAAUUUGAGAAGUACUGCAGUGAGGUGGAGCACACAGCAGCUUGGGGAGGGCAGCUGGAGCUCCGGGCUUUGACCCACGUUCUCCGCUUGCCCAUCGAAGUGAUUCAGGCCGACUCCCCCACUCUAAAAAUCGGGGAGGAAUACGACGCCGAACCCAUCACUUUAGUGUACAUGCAUCAUGCCUACGGCCUGGGAGAGCAUUACAACAGCGUGGAGCCUCUGAAGAAUCCGGCCAAUGCAGAGGAGAGCUGAGAGCCAGCGGAGGUUUUCUGUGUCACAGCUCAAAGGACUGAUGAGGAUCUUGAAAACAUGGAGCUCCUUUUCUGGGAAGAUUAAUAAACACAGCAGGAUUUUGAUGUUAAAUAUUAGGCAGAAGGAAAUUAUUUUGGCAGUAACAGCAUGGAGGCUAGUGUUCUGCACAAACAUAAUGUGGUUCUUCCAGGUCUCAAACUCACGGCCCCUCUAACUAGUAGAGUGGGUCGCAGCUCUUUUAUAGGCUAAAUCCUAUUAUGGGGUGUAAACGCCACCUUUUAAGGUGUCAAUAGAGCUCACAAAGUCACAAUAAAGACCUGAGAAAUGUCGGUUGCUGCUUUAAGAACAAAUUUAAGAUAAAAGAAAACGAGGCCCCUGUAUUUUCCAAGCUCCACAAAAAGUUGGGAAUUUGUCAGUGGUUUGCUGUUAAAACACAUUAAAUGGAUCCAAAAACA